AUGUCUGAUACUCAAGAUACAAAAAUAGUCAAUACAGAAGUUUGUACAAUUAAGAAGGCAAAUCUCACGUGGUUCAGAGAGAACGAAAAUACAAAUUUUCGCAGACCAAUCAGGUAUCCUGAUGAUUAUGGGCAUAUUACUGAAUAUACUCAAAUUAA